CAGUCACAUGUUACAUAAAUGUUCCUUCCUCUAUAAAUACUGCAUGAAUGUUACUUUCACUUGCAGAACUCAGGAUCCCUUAGCCAUGAUCACUUCCUCUUUACAAACCUCCGUGGCAGUGUUUGCCCUAAUAAUUCUGCAUGUCAGUGCUCUGGAUACUUUUAAAGCUGCAGUGUAUGAACAUGCUGUCAUACUGCCAAAUGAUACAAAAACACCUGUUUCUCCGGAUGAGGCCUUGUUCCUCAUGAACAAGAACAUAGAUAUUCUGGAGAAGGCAAUUAAGCAGGCAGCUGAGCAGGGUGCUCAGAUCAUCGUGACCCCAGAAGAUGCACUUUAUGGAUGGAAAUUUACCAGGGAAACCAUUUUCCCUUAUCUGGAGAAUAUCCCAGAUCCUCAGGUGAACUGGAUUCCAUGUCAAGACCCCCGCAGAUUUGGUCAUACACCAGUACAAGCAAGACUCAGCUGCCUGGCCAAGAACAACUCUAUCUAUGUUGUGGCAAAUAUGGGUGACAAAAAACCAUGUAAUUCCAGUCAUACCAGGUGUCCUUCUAAUGGCCAUUAUCAAUACAACACCAACGUGGUGUAUGAUAAAAAGGGAAAGCUGGUGGCACGUUACCAUAAGGUAUGCACAAUGCUGAAAUGCGGAUCUACUAAUUUGGCAACGUGUGGACAGCCAGUAGAAACUGCUCUGACGAGAUUUGAAAUGUUCUCCCUAAGCGGUACAUUUGGAACAGAGUAUGUUUUUCCUGAAGUGCUACUUUCUAAAAUCAAGCUGGCACCUGAAAAAUUUGAGGUACUAGAAGAUGGGCGUUUGGUAAACAAGCAUGGAUCAUCUGAGCCUGUCCUAACAGUGUCACUCUUUGGGAGAUGGUACACCAAGGAUGCACAUUCCAUCUCAGGCGGGACCAGCAACUCAGCAACAACGUACCUGAUGAUACCCACAUUAUUAAUGAUCAUAACCUUGCAGUAUACUGUGAUGGCGUAGAACAUCACUUUAUCAUAGUCAUUGAUUCAUCUCAGAUUUACUAAGAAAUAUUGAAUGACUAGCUCACUAGUAUAGACCAAUUAUUUCCAAAUAUUUUUUCCUCAACAAAAUAAUCAAGGAUUAUUUUUAAGGGGUACAGGAAUUUUGCCUCUUUUUUUGCCUAUGCUGAAAUAUCACAGUAUGGUAUAAUGGUAUGAUUGAUGUUUGGGCCAGAUAGACGAGGAUCAAAUCCUGGCUCCAGCCUUAUCUGCCGUAUAACAUUGUGUCUACUUAUGUGUGUGUUAGCAGGAGCAGAGUGAAGAGAUUCAGGGACAUUUUAAAUGCAGUGACGGCCUUGAAAGAGAGCAGUAAUGAUGGGAAUGAGGGGAACUGAGACUUAUGACUGAAUUCCAUUUGACAUUAAAGACAACUUGAAUUCAUUGUUUUCUGUGCUAAUGAUUGUGGGGGGAUUUGCUUUCUAAUCAGAUGGAAACAAACUCAUCAGAAUUCCAUUGGGAACGUAAACUCCAAUGUUUAAGUUUAUCUUAACAAAACAAGUUGUUUUGAGAUGUUCUAGAAAAACUAACACCUAGUCCAGUUUCUUGGGUAGUCAUAGCUCCAAAUAGUCCUACUUAAUGGCUGUGGUAUAAUUUAACAGUCACAAAUACCAUAACACAGAGACCAAGAAUGUUAACAGUAACACUGUUUUCAACAUUGAGUAGUCUGUUUUUAGUGAUGGGGAAUGUACAUGUAUGUAAUAUUCCAAAAUCAUCAAAACUGUAUGCUCUUUUAUCUUUUCAUAAAAUAUAGCACAUUUCAGAUUUGUCAAUUUUGCUUGAGGAAGUUAGACAUUAUGCAAUGGUUUUGUGGCCUGUUUUAUGAUGCAUGCGCAAUCAUAUCUCACUUUCAGAAGUUUCAGUGUUGACCGGUAGUCAGCCUCUGAAGUUAAACUCACUGGUUUGAGAAAGAUAUAAACAAGGAUUUCCUCACAGAUUCUAAGGGACAGUGCUUCCCCUGAUUCACAUUUAGAGUUGUCAGCUAUACUAGAAUUCAUUAAAAGCAAAAGCAAGAAGGAAAAACAAAUAGCACCAGUCCCCAGGAAAACUAAGAGUACUUGACUGUAAAAUUGUUUGCAUUACAAUGUCGCAUCAGUGGUUUUCACACGCACAUUUUAUUUACCAAACAACUUAAGUGUAGUUUCAUUUGGCCUUGAUUCAGGGAAAUGCACCUGAAGGAGUAGCUCUUAAUUUCUAAAGAAUCUAAGGUCAGAGUCCAGUUUCUUUGAUAAACAUCUUUCUGUCUCACCUUAAAAUCUCAUGUUCGUUCUUGAGUCUCCUGUGGUUCUGGAGGGAAUAACCAAGGUACUGGUUUCCACUCAUCCUUUUUUCCUGAAAUGCUCUGUUACAGAGAGCAAGGUUCCAGUUUCUCUCUUCAGCUUCCGCUUCCCCUCAGCGCUCACCCUCCGUCUUUUGUCCCUUCAUUCAGACAGCAUUUGUUGAUUUCAUACUAUGUUCCAGGUACCAAGUACUGUGACAUGGUCUAUAUAUUCUCUCUGAUCUCUUUGCCACUCUGUGACUUUGCCCCAGUGACCUUAUACAAUCUAGUCCAGUAAUUUCUAAUAUAUAUUCACAGCCUUCUCUGCAACGAUCAUUACCUCUACUUUCUGCCUUUUUUAGUCCAUCUUUGCAUUUUGACCCAUUGUCACGGUGUCAGCUCUUUCAUCUACAUGAGUGAUUUCCAGUGGUAAUUUUUUUUUUUCCUGUUUUGACCUCUUUUUAAAAGUCCGUUCACAUUCUCUAACUCCAUUCUGACCGUAUCUCCUAGGUAUUUCAUAGAUAAGUGUUAUGAAAAAAAUCUUAGAGCUGAGGACUGCUUAUGUAAAUUUGGUCAUACCACGCACACACAUACACACACAAACACACAGGCACACACAGAUACCUCUAACAAAGUCAUUCUUGGAAAGAUACUUGGAUAUGAAAACAGUAACAACUGUGAAGAGGAUUCCUCUAGUUACAGGAUCUGGAGACAUGAAGUAGUAUUUGGAGGAGGAAAGAAGAUAUUUUGACAAUCUUCCCAGAGAAUUUCCAGACACCUUGAAGAUAAAAGGAGAAAAAUAGUAGGGAUAAACUGAGUGAUAUUAACUUACUUGUCCUCAAGAGACUUGUGACAUCUCAUAUAAAUAUGAGUUGAAUAACCCUGGUGAUAGCUUUGAUCAACUGUAAGACUUAUAAGCCCUUGCUCCCCUGCUCCUCUUAUGAACCUUUUGUUUUUUUAAUCUCAGAUAUUAAUUAAAAAGAAAAUACCCUUCAGUUACUCCUGUCAAACUCUUGAAAUUCGGUCUGCUGGCUGGAGACUCAGAAAUUCUUAUACUUAGAUCAUUUUAUACUAUGAUUCUAAUCUUUUAAAUAAAGAAAUAUCAAAUGAUGAAAACAUUCUAGGAUAUUGAUAAUUUUGAGUUUUUCAUAAUGCUGUUUAAAGAUUAGCUUUCUAAGAGUCCGAUUUUUUUUAACCCUUCAUGAAUAAAGAGA